AUGAAAUCGACGUCUUCCUCAUUGUCAUCAUCCUCAUCGACUUCACCAUCUUCACCGACUACUUGCUCAUUGAAUCACUUGAAUAUGUUUCAAACUAAUUUAUUAUUAAAAUUAUUUGAUGAGGACUAUAAGAAUGCCUUGUUAGUCAUGGCAAAAGGUCUCGGAAUUGAAGUCAUCAUUGUACAUUUACUGAGAAUGUUUUGUGAUCCUUCUCAAUUAGUACUCAUCAUCAAUGGUAGUCCGAGAGAAGAAGAAUUAAUUAAACAAUUACUUUUAGAAAGUGGAUUAGUAAAAAUCGAAAAUAUUCCCAAAUCCAUCACUUCUACCUUUACAAUUAACGAACGAAAAGAAUUAUACGAUCAAGGAGGAUGUCUAUUCAUAACGAGUAGAAUUUUAAUUGUAGAUUUAUUAAAUGAUAAAGUACCCAUUGAUCACGUUUCGGGAAUUGUGGUCCUCAACGCUCAUCAAAUCACUGAGAAAUCUACGGAAUCUUUUAUUUUGAGAGUUUUUCGAAUGAAAAAUAAGACAGCCUUUGUAAAAGGAUUUACGGAACAUCCCGAAGAGUUGGCGCGAGGUUUUUCUAAACUGGAAGAUGUCAUGAAAUUAUUGUUUGUAGAUAAGGUAGAAUUUAAGCCUAGGUUUGAUGUUCAAGUUGCUGAGACAUUGAGUAAAUUUCAACCAACGGUUAUUGAAAUUAUUGUUCCCAUGACUGAAAGGAUGAGUUUAAUUGAGAGUUGUAUUGUAGAUAUCAUUACAACAUCUUUGGAAUCUCUAAAGAGAAAUAAUCCAUCGUUGGAUCUAAGUGAGGUUCAAAUUGAAGAUUGCUAUUUUAAGAGUUUUCACAGCAUUAUCAUGAGUCAAUUACGACCUAUAUGGAAUAGAAUUGGUGUGCAAUCUAAAAAACUAAUAGAAGACUUAAAAUCCAUGAGAACAUUACUUUUUUAUUUACUCAAUUACGAUUGUGUAACAUUUUAUGACUAUUUAGAGACAUUAAGGCUAUCUGAUGGAAAGAAUGGAAUACCCUCUUCCAAUUGGUUAUUAACUGAUACAGCCUCUGAUAUUUAUAUGCAUGCAAAAGAACGAAUAUACACCCUUGAAACAUCCAAGUUGAAAUCUCCUCUCAAAAAACAAAAAACUUUAACACAAAUGGCACAAGGAAGAGACGGUGAUCCCUACGUACACGUCGAUCGCAUUAAUUUUAUUCUUGAGGAAAAUCCAAAAUGGAAGAAAUUGGAAGAGACUUUGGAUUCAAUCUAUCAAAUCAUUCGAACGACUACCAAUCCCAAUAUCAAUGGUCGUGUAUUGAUUUUAGUUUCCAAUGAAAAGAGUUGCUCUCAAGUGAGAACUUAUUUAGAACUGGGAGGUAAAACUCUCCUCAAUCGAUUAAUUCACAAACUAAUAGGACCUCACAUUAAAAAACAACAACGAAAACUGGAAAAAGAGAAACAAGAAAAAUUAGGACAAGACGACAAAAAAUCUCCAAAGAGUACCACAAAGAAGAAAGGAGCAAAGAAAAAGGAUAUGCAAGAAAAUGAACUUGAACUAUUGAGUCAACAUGUUUCUGCCUAUGUACAAAAUGAUGAAGAAAUAGAGAAGAGUAAAUUAGAGGAAUCUAUAUUGGUUCACCAUGUGGAAGACAUUGCAAGUGGUGAUGAAGCAGAAAUUGAAACAGACAGUGAAGAAGAACCAGAAAUUAUUCAAGUGAAAUCUCCUUCAAAGAAGAAAAAGGAAGUGAAAAACAAUUUGACGAAUGGCUCAUCAUCCUCACCACAGACUCCAAAAACUCCUCCUUCAUCCAAUCACCCUUUAGAUGACUUUUUUGAAAUUAUUGAAAGUGAAUCAAUGACAUCUGAAAUGCAACUAUUUAUUCACUCACUUUAUGACACAGCAACUAUUUUGGAUGAAUUAAUGCCUUCCUUUGUAGUUCUUUAUGAAAAUGAUUUGGCAUUUGUGAGAAAAUUAGAACAAUAUCAAUGCAAAUAUCCUUUCAUUCCAUUGCAUGUCUAUUUAAUCUCAUACGAUCACAAAAGUGUUGAAUACAAACAAUACUGUGCAACCGUUGAGAAAGAAAAAGAAGCUUUUAAAAAACUGAUCAUGAGUUAUGGCAAAAUGACAGUGCCAUCGAUGGAUACUUUAUUGUCAAACAUUUUACUCAGAGAACGAAAAACACAAAGUGACAGUGUCAAACUAGUUCCUAAAGCAUUUGCAGAUACACGAAAGGCUGGUGGUAAUUUGGCAGUCAUAGGAUCUUCCUCACAACCACAAGGUGAAUUUAACUUUGGAGAAAAAUCGAAAAUUAUUAUUGAUGCAAGAGAAUUUAGAAGUUCUUUACCUUCUUUGUUGAAUUUGAGUGGUUACCGAGUGAUUCCUCUACAAAUUUCUGUUGGAGAUUAUAUUCUUUCGAAACAUUGUUGUGUAGAAAGAAAGAGCACAUCCGAUUUGUGGCAAAGUUUGGGAUCAGGAAGAUUAUUUCAACAAGCAGAGAAUAUGGUAAAAUAUUACAAACAUGCAGUGUUACUCAUUCAAUUCGAGGAAGAUGAAGCAUUUGCUCUUCCAGAUCCAUACCCUGGAUAUGCGACACGAGAAGAUGGAAGAAUUGAGGAGAAAUCAAUCAUUACCAAAUUGGUUCUCACUGUUUCACAUUUUCCAAAAUUGAAAAUUUCUUACUCUCGAUCUCCAGCUGUUACAGGAAAAUAUUUCUACAUGAUGAAACAUCAAGUGUUACAAUACAAUGAUUUCGACAUGUCAGAGAGUGAAGAAGACUAUGAACCAGAUAUUGCCUUAGCUCAAGCAAUUGGUACCUCAAAUCAUGAAGAGGAAGCGGAGUCCACAAAUCAAGCCAUCGACUUUUUGUCGCGAAUGCCUGGUGUCACGACAGAAAAUAUUUCACGAAUCAUGAAUGCAGUGACAAAUUUGUACGAGUUGUGUGAUCUGAGCUUGGAGGAAUUGGCAGAAAUAAUGAAUUCUCAAGAAAAUGCUAAACGACUCUACGAUUUUCUUAAUGAUCCAAUUGACGUGGAAUAA